UCGCUGGACGCGGCGGUGGCGCGCUGGGCGCACAGUCCGCCGCGAGGCUCUCUCCGCUCCGGAGGCCGGGCAGACAAUGAACUUCCAGGUGACAGGCCUGGGCCUGGACAAGAUGAAGCUGGACAGUCCCCAGUCCUUCCUGGACCAGGAGGAGGCGGAGGAGGCGGACGAUCAGCAGCUGCUGGAGCCGGAGGCCUGGAGGACCUACAUGGAGCACCGCACCACCCUGCGCGAGUUCCUGACCUCGGACCUGAGCCCGCACCUGCUCAAGCGCCACCACGCCCGCAUGGAGCUGCUCAGGAAAUGCUCCUACUACAUCGAGGUCCUCCCCAAGCACCUGGCCCUGGGCGAUCAGAACCCGCUGGUGCUGCCCACCACCAUGUUCCAGCUCAUCGACCCGUGGAAGUUCCAGCGCAUGAAGAAGGUGGGCGCGGCCCAGACCAAGAUCCAGCUGCUCCUGCUCGGGGACCUGCUGCAGCAGCUGGGCCGCGGCCACGCCGAGCUGGGCGCCCUGCUGGAGUCGCCCGACCCGCGGCCCUUCCUGGCGGGCUGGGGGCUGGUGGAGCAGAGGCUGGCGGACCUGUCGGCUGUCAUGGACAGCUUCCUGGCCAUGAUGGUGCCUGGGCGUCUGCACGUCAAGCACCGCCUGGUGUCCGACAUCGGCGCCGCCAAGAUCCCACACAUCCGGCUCAUGCUGAGCACCAAGAUGCCCGUCAUGUUCGACCGGAAGGAGUCGGUGGCCCACCAUGACUGGGUCAGCCUGCGCUGGUGCGUCACCACCCAGCCGGUGGCGCCCGAGCAGUUUGAGCUCCGCUUCAAGCUGCUGGACCCACAGACCCAGCAGGAGAGCCUGCAGCGUGGCGUCGUCCCCGUGGCCGCCUGCACCUUUGACAUCCACAACCUGCUGCCCAACCGCUCCUACAAGUUCACCAUCAAGAGAGCCGAGAGCUACACGCUGGUGUACGAGCCCUGGCGGGACAGCCUCACUCUGCAGACCCGGCCGGGGCCCCCCGAAGGGCCCACCCCCCGUCGGCCGGGCAAGCCAGGCCUGUCCCUGACCACACUUUCCGAGAGAUGAUUUUCUAAUAUUUAUCCACUAAUAAAGAGGAGUAUAAGCACACGCA